AUGGCGGGACGGUCUGAGGCUCAUAAAACAUCGAACACUUCUGUGGAACACGCGAAUCUGUCGCAUUUCUGCAAGAUCGAACGCUGCAACGCUGUAAUCUGCUCGAAUAUUCUGGAGAAACAGGAUCCUGGAGCGAUAGCGUCGAGUUACAUCGAGAACACCUUCAAGGUCAGCUGCACUGCCGCGAGAUCCGUGAAGCUGUCAUUCAACGACUGCGUGUUCCCGGCGAACAAGCUUCGAAGAAAUUGGCUGAGCAGCAACGUGUCGAUCGAAGAGUUAGCGUUCGAGAAAUGCUUCCUUAGCGAGAUAGAAGAGGACGCGUUCUCCUCGACAAUUUACAAAGAAACGAAGAAGAUCGUCAUGGUGAAGAAUAAAUUGAACUCCCUUCGUAGAUCCACGUUCGCCAGCUUGGAAACACUGAACGAGCUGGUUAUACGAGAGAAUAUCAUCAAAGAGGCUCAACUGAAUUUACUGGAAGACGUGGCGAGUACUUUGUCCUCCUUAGAAUUCAGUCGAGCGAUCGAGGAUCGAGAAGUGCUACGAAACAUAACAGGCGGAAGCAAGUUGCCGAAUCUUCAGAUACUAUCUAUCAGAGGAAACUCGAUAUCCACGAUCGACGACAAACUAUUCUCAGGAGUGCCUGCAGUGACGUCUCUCUACUUGGACAGUUCCAAGAUCGAGACAGUGUCGGAGCACACUCUAGAACCCAUGGCUUCGUCUCUAUCGCAAAUAAUCCUGACCGAUAACAGCAUCUCUACGUUACCGGCAGGUCUGCUAGAUCCUGUGAUCAGCAGACAAAAUUUCCUUAUGAUGAUACAGAGAAAUCCCUGGCACUGUGUCUGCGACCUAAAAUGGAUGCAGGACCUCCUUCUAUCUCGUCCAAACAUAUUUUCCGAAAUUCCAACUUGCGAGACUCCUCGGGAGAACGCUAGGAAGUCGUUCACAGUUGCAGAGUUCUGUCACCGAUCUAACAGAACCACCACGGUCUCCUCCACGAUCGAUACUACCGAGCCGAAUUUGACGCAAAUUAACCAGACCACGACUCAAACGUCCAACGCUGCAAACAUCAACGUAACCUGCAGCGUAGCCUAUACAAAUAUGAGAACAUUCGGUUCGAGGAAAUUGUCGUCGAAGAAUAUUCUUCAAGUCCCCUCGCGAUUCCCGAGCUUCCGCGUCUCCAAGACGUCUCUAGAGCGAAGCGUGCUCGUGAACCUCCCCGACUUGAACCAAGGAGUCACGCUGCUCUGGUUCGACAACGACGACGUCGAGCGUACGCUCUGCUGUGCAAAAAACGUGAAGCACUCUUAUCUGGUGCGGGAUAUCGAUCCGAAGGCGGCGUACACGAUCUGUUUGCUCGACGAUAACACGCCCGUGUCGCCGUUGAACUGUUUAGCCGUGGUUGCCGACCCUGAGAACUACUCGAAGACCUGGCUGACCAACGGUGACAAAAGUUUGGUCGUCUCUUUGUCGAUUUUGUCGUUGGUUCUGCUCUUCCUGUUCGGAGGAUUUCUGUCGUUUCUGCUGAUAAGAAAGUACCCGUCGCUGCUUCGAGGCAGCAAACGAGUGAUGCUCGUGAAACGAAGGAACGUGGACGCGAUCGUGCUGCCCAAAGGCGUGGAUAUCAGCGAGAAGGAGGAGAGGUGUGGAGAGGAGGCCUCGUUUAGCAACAGCAAGCUUCACGAGGACGAAUACGUGAUGCCUCUGCCUCCCGAGAGAAUCUCGCUCGCUCGAAGAUCGAGGAUGUUCCGUAUGAGUUCGCAAAGCGACUGGCAUAGUUACGUGUCGGACGUGGAGCCAACGGAGACGCAGUUGGAUUCUUGGAGGCUGAUGAGAUUGAAGAGCGAACUGGAGAAGCAGAAAUCGGACGCUCCGCCGUUGCCUCCUCAUCCUAGCGACAUGAUACCGUCUUUAUCCGUGACGGUCGAGUCGAAGGACGAACUUUAUCAUACUACGAUUGUUUAA